AUGUCGCCCGGAUACCUGCUGCCUCUCCUCGCCGGCUGCCUCGCCAGCUACAACACGCCGCGCUGCUGCGACCCCGGCCACACGCUAGCGCUGCACGACGCCGACGGCUCUCUGCGGCCCCGCUGCCUCAACCUCACCGCCGACCACGAGGAGGGACCGGUGAACGCGUCCUGCCCGGCGGAGCAGCUCCGCGCAGUCCCUCCCGGGGUCGACGCCGAGUGCGCGGGCUCUGCCCUCGACGGGGCCCUCGUCGGCCUGGUCUGCGAGGCGAGGCACCCCCGCUGCUGCCGCGACGACGGCCGCUACGACCCGGACCGCCGCGCCUGCUCCAACGGCACCGGCGCGCCGCGGCCCCGGCGCUGCCCGGGAGCAAUCGUGGACCACCUGGUGCCCGCCGCGGCGGUCCGGCUGCUCGCCGCCGGCGGGAACUCCUGCGUGGAGGCGACCACCCUGUCCGAGGACCUGCUGGUGGUGCGCCGCUGCGUGCCGCUCGCGCAGGCCUGCGCCGGCCGGCCGUGCCUCAGGAAGUGCUGCCCCGACGGCGAGUCCCUCGGCGAAGACGACCAGUGCGCCGCCUCGGACAGCUUCAGGCUGUCGCUCGUGCCGACCAGCUACGACGCGCGGCAAGUAGUCCUCGCUCCCGGCGGCAGCUUCGCCAUGGCCUUCGGGCUGGACUGCCCCGAGGGAAAGUACGCCAUCGACCCGUACUCGCAGGACCGCGCCGAGUUCACCCGCGCCGGGGAGAUCCUCUACGAGGGGGAGACGCACGGCGUGGACUCGUACUGCGUGGAGGGCGACGCGCAGGGCGCCGUCGUGGUGGCGCUGUGCUUCCCGGAGCGAGGGUCCGCCGGCGACCCGAGCGCCGUGCCAAUCUACAUCACCGCCGGCCUCGUCGCGUCCAGCGCCUUCCUGCUCGCCACGCUGGCCACGUACGCCCUGCUGCCGCCGCUGCUGAACCUGCACGGCAAGACGCUGGUGUGCCACGUGGCGAGCCUGCUGGCCGCCUACGUGUGCCUCAGCACCACGCACCUGGGCCAGGAGGCCUUCUACAGGACGGGCUGGUGCGUGGCCGUGGCUUACAUGAUGAUCUUCUCGUUCAUGGCUGCCUUCUCUUGGCUCAACGUCAUGUGCUUCGACAUAUGGUGGACUUUCAGUGCCGUGCGCUGCCUGACCCAGGGCAGCCGGCAGAGGCGUGAGAGGCGCCGCUUCCUCUGGUACAGCGCCUACUCGUGGUCGCUGGCCACGCUGGUGGCGCUGCUCAGCUUCGCCGGGGACUCCGCCGGGGACCUGCUGCCGCAGCAGAUACGCCCCCUCAUCGGCGACGACACCUGCUUCUACAGCCACAGGACGCACAGCCAGAAAGUGUUCUUCGAGCUGCCGGUGGCGGUGCUCACUGUCGCCAACAUCGUCUUCUUCCUGCUGACGGCGCGCAACUGCUACAAGGUGAAGGCCGAGCUGCAGCGACUCCAGAGCAAGGAGGGCGAGCGAGGCAAGCGCCGCUUCGAGGCCAACAGGAACAAGAUGAUCACUACGGCAAAGCUGUUCGUGGUUAUGGGAGUCACGUGGGUGUUGGAAUUCACCGCGAGCCUGUGUUCUACAGGAAACAAGUUCUGGAUCCCGGCAGACAUUGCCAACUCGUUGCAGGGAGUGUUCAUCUUCUGCAUAUUCGUGCUGAAGAGGAAGGUGCUGAGGAGCCUGGGGCAGAGGCUGCGGCUGAAGGCCUGCCUGCGGGGGAACAGCUCAGCCGAAGACGGCGCCGUCCGCCCCGGCGAGCCAGGAUACGAGCUCUGGCGCAUGCGCAAGAUCUCCAGCAACUCCACGCUCUACACCAACUCCACCAUCAUGCAGCCCGGCAGCUGCGGCAGCCACAGGGCCAAGUGAACCUCUCUAUCUUCUUUUGGUGCAUCGGCAUGGAUCUUCGGUUGAUCACGUGUAUGUCGUAGCUUCGGGAAAAUCGCCGAAGCGACCUCGAAGGAAGUAAUCUUUCGCUAAUUGUUCUUCGUCGUGAAGUAACCCUCAUUCUCUCUUGGGUUUUGGUGCAUUUGUGGGCAGGCCCUGAUUUGCAAACUAGCUAACCGGAGUGCGGGUAAACAAUUAAGGAACGGGAAAUAUAAGUUUUUUUUUUUUCACGUAAGGUAAUUAUUCGACUUUCUAAAAUACAUGUAAAU